CUGUCAGCGUAAUGCCAAUUUAUCACAAAACCCCACCCACAGUAUCGGGUAGCCAUGCCACAUCGGAAAUCGAUAAUCACACCUCGGAGGCAGCCAAAGUGAAGCGGACCCGUGAACAUGCCUAUUUCAAUUCCUAUGACUUCGAUGCAAUUGAAGUUUUACCCUAUGAUGAAGACGACGAUGAGGAGGGGGAGGGACACAACAAUGUGAAGAAGGAUGGCCGAGGCCAUUCCAAGUCAACAACAACAACAAAUAGUCAACAACAGCAUUUGAAGUCUAAAACUCAACAACAACUGCCACUACAUUCAAGUCAAACAACCAGACAGCAUUUACCACCGUCAGCAUCAGCAUCCUCAUCACAAUCAGGGCUGCAGCAGCCUAGCUUUGGCUAUGUCAGCUCCAAACAGCAACAUCAUCCCCAUACCCCCACCAUCACCACCCACAACAAAAUCUCCUCAACAAGUAGUGAUAAUUUCAUAGUCGAUAAACAUUCACAUCUCAGCAGCCAUGGUGGUGGCGGGGGCCUGGCCUCGAAGCAUCCAGGCAACGUCAGCGGCAAACACAGCUCAUAUCUGCAACGUUUCGGUGUUGCCCUCUUCGGUGGGAUAAAUGUCAAUUCCACAAAUGUCCACAGCGCCGGGGACCACAAAGCAAGUAACCACCACCAUAAUUCAGCCUCUUCGUCACUGUCCACAACAUCGACCUCUUCAUCGUUUGCCGACGACGAUGAUGAUGAGGAGGAUGAUAUUAAACACUUGAAAGUGUCAUCAUCGGGUAUAUCCUCAUCUGCCUCCUCGUCACCCUCGGCAAGGCCUAAAGCCAAAUGUUGCUCUUCUUCAGCAUCAUCAACAACAUCAUCUGCAGCAGCUGCAGCGGGAGCAGGACCAUCAUCAAUGGCUGUGGAUAGUCUUGAAUCACCAAAUAUUGCCACUGGAGGGGUUAGUUCAAAUGAAGCAACAACACAGGUGGGUAUCAACGGUCAUAUGGGUGCCACCAACAACUCCAAUGCGGCUGCAACCUCGGCUGAUGGGAAUUUCCUGUUACCUCGGGUCAUGCUUAAAUAUCAGAGCACUUUAAAUGCAGGUGGCAGCGUCAUUUAUCCGGCAACAAAUUCAAAGUCAAUGUCAACUGCGGCGUCGGCGGCGACAACUUCGAACACGCCAGCAACAACAACAAAUUCCUCUGCCACAACGACGGCGCCAGUUAUGACCGGUAAUAAUGUUCGUUUGAAAAAACUCUCCACAACUUCGUCCAGUUUAAGCUCUUUGGGUUCGGAAGAAAUUGUGGAAAUCCACCGGGUGGAUGAUGAGGUCAGCAAGGGCCCAAAGGAGUUUAAAGUCAUGCCAAAAUUGGCAAAGACUCCUGGACGGGCUGCCUCCCAUCAGUCGCACUAUUCCACCGACAAGUCAGCCUCUUCCGGUUAUUACAGCUCCAAUGUGUGUUCCACCUAUUCGUUGGAGGAGCACAUCUACAGCGAACCAACAAUUGAAAUGAAAGAAAUGCGAAACCUGAAUUCUGCGGCAGCAUCAGCAGCCUCGGUUGCUGCCACUGCUAAGACCACAGGAGAGAGUGGCAAGGCUCAAAGUGGUAGUGGCGAUCCAUUGGCAGGUGAAACUGCGUCUAGUGUUAUGCAUACUUUGGACUAUAAUAGACGCUAUCGGUAUAAUACGGAUCAACGCGAUGGUCAGGAGGUUAAGGGUGGAGGAGGUUCGGUAGCCUCUUCCUCCUCCAAAGAAUUCCAAGAAAAUCUGAGGAUUCUGGAGACAAGUAUUGAAAAUUUAGAUCGCCAUUUGAAGUCCUUCCCCAGGGGAAUGGUGGUCAGUUCAACAGAUGCCAUAUCACAACAACAACAACACCACCACCGGGGAGAACGGGAGGAGAAGUUACGUGCCUCCUAUUCCCAUUUACCCACCAUUAAGGAGGGCUAUGAUGCCAAUACCCUGAAAAGGGGCUGGUCUGAGGAUCCCGUUACCGAUGAUUCUUUGAUCGACAUCGAUUUGGAUUCUUUUCUUUUGGAUGAGGCUGGGAAAAAGGAUCGCAAACAGCAACAACAAAAUCUGCAAAGCAAACAGCAACAACAACUACCUCCAGCAAUCAAAACCAAAGGCUGCGGAAUUGAUAACCCCUCGUUUUUGAGUGAGGAGCAGGAGGAGAACCACUACAAAUGUGCCAAAUAUAUAAAUUCCUGUCCCGAGGAUGCCUAUCGUGUGGAGAGUGAUAUUAUUGCGCCGGCUCGUAGUUCAAUAUCCGGACAAUCGGUGGCGGCGGUAUCGGUGACGGAAUUAUAUCCCAAGCGUUAUGAGGAUCAAAUUCAUUUUCAAAAUACCCGCGAACUAUUGGAAGAUGUGCGUGAUAAGAUACGAUUGCUCAAUCUCUCACAAGACAUACCUCCUCCCGCUCAUUCUCAUCAUCCUGCAGGUAAUCAAGAAAGGCAAAUGAUUAGGUCAGGAAAUCAAGCCGCUAAUUUAACCCUCGAUGAAUAUAUACCCAAAGAACUGCAUACCAUGAUUGGGACCCUCAAGCGGGAACUGGAACUCUAUUUGCAGCGUAUGAAUCAGAAUAGCGAAUUGGAGAUCCGACAGCUCUGCACGGGGUUGGUGAAAAAUCAGAACAUUGUCAAAAUGAAAAAUGCCUUCGAAAGGCGACGUUCGCUAAGCGAUGUCAGCGAUCAAUUAUCACAAUACGAAGCCGGCUUUGUCGGGACAGGUGGCAUGCGCAGCACCAUGGCCGGUCUGCCACCGAUUAGCAUUCGCCAAGAGGUAACCACCAUCAAGUGUUCAAGUGAUCCCAACUUCAAAAUGAAAAGAAAAUCCCUCACCGAAGUCUUUCCCAUGUCGGAAUGUUAUGUGGAAACCCUACGGACCAUAGAAAGGCAAAGUGAUCCCCUGCCACCACUGCCAAGUGGUGGUUCUCAGCUACAACGGAAUCUCCAUUUUCAUCAGGCCAGUAUUCAACAAUUUGACAAUCAAACAGAGAAUGACAAAAGGAUAUCCCACACAAAAAAUAAUGGCUCAGGUUCUGGUUCCGCUUCGGGCUCCGCAUCCUCAUCUGUAUCGCACUCCAACUCACCACACGAUUCCUCCGAAUCCCAAGACAAAGAUUCCAUAUUGGAUUGGCAUCGUAAAAAGCCCAGCAUCUGGGAAAUGUAUUACGGCACCAAUCGCAUUCAACAAUCGCUGCUGGGCGGCAAUGGUAAAAAGAAUGGUCUGAUGGUAACCGGUAAUAUAAGCUCCUCCACCUCAUCACCGAUGUGUUAU